AUACGCAUCUAUGGCCGCGGAAGAGGUGGCGCCGGGCACGACGGCGACGUUCCGGCGCGUGUACGAAACCCUCAAGGCCGAGCUUCUUCGGGACUCCGCCUUCGACUUCAACGAGGACGCCGUCCGGUGGCUCGACGCCAUGUUAGAUUACAACGUGCUCGGUGGAAAACUGAACCGUGGCUUGGCGGUUAUUGAGAGCUAUAAACUGUUGAAAGCUGGGUCUGAACCGAGUGAGGAUGAAUUGUUCCUCGCUUGCAUUCUUGGCUGGGGCAUAGAAUGGCUUCAAGCUUAUUUUCUAGUUCUUGAUGAUAUUAUGGAUAAUUCUCAAACCAGGCGAGGAAAGCCUUGUUGGUAUAGAGUACCAAAGGUCUGCCAAGUAACUCUUGUUGCUGUGCUUCUACUAAAGCAAUACUUCGUGAAUGGUCAUGUUCAAAUAUGCUACUAUGUUUUCCUUCUUGACUCAAAGAUCAAGUAUUGA